CACAUAUGGAACAAUAAAUCAAUCUAUCUCCUCAUUAAUAUCCUUGGUCUUAUUCCCGGAGACAACAAUUUACCUUUUCAGACUGUGCGCCCACUGCCAGCAUGGUUCUUCAAGACUUGGGGCGGCGGAUCAACUCCGCCGUGUCCGAUCUCACAAGAUCGGCCACGCUGGACGAGAAGGCCUUUGAUAAUAUGAUCAAAGAGAUUUGUUCCGCUCUCCUCGAAGCCGACGUGAACGUGAAGCUUGUAGGCACCCUGCGCAAGUCUAUCAAGCAGUCUGUCAAUUUCAAAGAGCUCCCCGCUGGAGUCAACAAGAAGCGCAUAAUCCAAAAGGCCGUCUUCGAUGAACUUGUCAAGCUCGUGGAUCCUCACGCUGAGCCAUUCAAGCCCAAAAAAGGCCGAGCCAACGUGAUCAUGUUUGUCGGUCUGCAAGGUUCUGGAAAAACAACAACAUGUACAAAGUUAGCACGAUGGUAUCAGACCCGUGGAUUUAAAGCAUGCCUAGUCUGCGCCGACACUUUCCGAGCCGGAGCAUUCGACCAGCUCAAGCAGAACGCAACCAAGGCCAAAAUCCCCUACUAUGGUUCGCUCACGCAGACAGAUCCCGUCAUCGUUGCACGGGACGGUGUGGAAAAGUUCAAAAAGGAGCGCUUCGAGAUCAUCAUUGUAGAUACCAGUGGUCGGCACCGGCAAGAACAAGAGCUCUUUGACGAAAUGGUUCAGAUCCAAGGAGCCGUGAAGCCCGAUCAGACAAUCAUGGUCCUGGACUCGAGUAUCGGACAGCAAGCCGAAGCACAGAGCAAAGCAUUUAAAGCAUCUGCCGACUUUGGAGCCAUUAUCAUUACCAAAACCGACGGCAACGCCAGCGGAGGAGGUGCUAUCUCUGCUGUCGCAGCUACACACACGCCCAUCGUCUUCAUCGGUACAGGCGAACACAUGCUGGACCUCGAGCGUUUCGCUCCACAAGCAUUCAUCAGCAAGUUACUCGGAAUGGGCGACAUGCAAGGACUCGUGGACCACGUGCAAUCCCUGAAACUCGACCACAAAGACACAAUGAAGCACAUUGCCGAAGGCGUCUUCACUGUCCGCGACCUGCGCGACCAACUAUCCAACAUUAUGAAAAUGGGCCCCCUCUCCAAAAUGGCCGGCAUGGUCCCCGGCCUGAGUCAAAUGAUGGGCAGCAUGGACGACGAAGAAGGCAGCAUGAAGCUGCGCCGCAUGAUCUACAUUUGCGACAGCAUGACCAUUAAGGAACUUGACUCCGACGGCAAAGUCUUCGUCGAGCAGCCCACGCGCAUCACCCGUGUCGCCCACGGCUCCGGCACCUCCGUCCGCGAAGUCGAAGACCUCCUCAGCCAGCACCGCAUGAUGGCUCACAUGGCCAAGAAGAUGAAGGGAAACAUGGCAAACAUGCAGCGCGCCCAGGGCGCCAUGGGCGGCGGCAACAGACAGCAGCAGAUGGCCGCCAUGCAGAAACGCAUGCAGAGCCUGGGUGGCGGUGCCGGAGGUGCGGGGCCCGGUGCUGGUCCAGGCGGUAUGGAUAUCGGCGCUAUGAUGAAGAUGCUCGGUGGCGGCGGUGGCGCUGGUGCAGGUGGUGGCAUGCCCUCCCUGCCGGCGGGUAUGGAUAUGCAGAGCUUGAUGAAGCAAAUGGGCGGUAUGAUGGGUGGAAUGGGCGGAAUGGGCGGCGGUGGAAGAGGCAGGAGAUAAUUCUUGUCCCUUUUGUGCUUCUUCUUUCAUCCGGUCCUCCGUCUCCCCGUUUCCCCCGAUUUCCUCGUUUUCUGCCAUUGAAACCACCAGUGUCGUGGUGGAUUUUCAACUCAUGGAUGACUCGCCAAUGGUCUAGUCGUUUUGUUUUUCAAGCCAUGGGCCGCGGUGCGCAACUACGUAUUUGCAUUGCAAGGGUGUUUUGGGCGUUGUUUUUCUCGUCAAAUCUCAUUUAUCAUGUUGACUACCAUGUGUUGUUGUAUAAAGCGGUUUCGAUAAAACCCCAUCUUCCUUUAGAAAUGCAGUAUUUUCCCAUCUAUUAAUUCUUCCCACUAUUCAUCUUUUGACUACUCCCUCGUUCAUCA